GUCCGCCCGCCCGCUCGCCCGCUGGCGCUGAGGAAAACGUUGCGCAGGUUCAAAAAUGGAACGUCGGCGGCGGCGUGAGGGAGCGCUAGGGGGUGUGCGCGCGUGCGCGUGCGCGCCCGGCCGAGCCUGACGGGGUCCCCGCCGCCCCGAGCAUCGCGCGCAGCAGCCGCGGCCCCGCAGCUCCACCCCCGGCCCGGCCCGGCCCGGCCCCCGGCCCAUCGCCCGCCGCCCCGCAUGGAGCUGUCAGCCAUAGGCGAGCAGGUGUUUGCGGUGGAGAGCAUCCGGAAGAAGCGCGUGCGGAAGGGCAAAGUGGAGUACCUGGUGAAGUGGAAAGGAUGGCCCCCCAAGUACAGCACAUGGGAGCCAGAGGAGCACAUCCUGGACCCCCGCCUUGUCAUGGCCUACGAGGAGAAGGAGGAGAGAGACCGAGCGUCAGGGUAUAGGAAGAGAGGGCCGAAACCCAAGCGGCUUCUGCUGCAGCGGCUCUACAGCAUGGACCUGCGGAGCUCCCACAAAGCCAAGGGCAAGGAGGAGCUCUGCUUCUCUCUGACGUGCCCGCUCGGCAGCGGGAGCCCCGAGGGGGUGGUCAAGGCGGGGGCGGCUGAGCUGGUGGACAAGGGCGCCUGGUGCCCGCCCUGCCCUUCCCACUCCGGGGUGGUCAAGGCGGGGGCGGCUGAGCUGGUGGACAAGGGCCCCCUGGUGCCCGCCCUGCCCUUCCCGCCCCGCAAGCCGCGCAAGGCCCACAAGUACCUGCGACUCUCACGCAAGAAGUUCCCGCCACGCAGCGGGUCCCACCCGGAGAGUCACAGCCAUCGACGGGAGCUCUCCCUGCAGGAGCCACCAGCCCCAGAUGUCCUGCAGGCCGCCAGCGACUGGGAGCCUGUGGAGCAGCCCCCCGAGGAGGAGGCAGAAGCAGACCUGGCCAAUGGGCCCCCUCCCUGGACACCCACGCUCCCCUCGAGUGAAGUGACCGUGACUGACAUCACCGCCAACUCCGUCACCGUCACCUUCCGUGAGGCUCAGGCUGCCGAGGGCUUCUUCCGAGACCGCGGUGGGAAGCUGUGAACAGCGGCUUCCCUUCCUCUUAAACUGUGUUCCUUGGGGCUUGGGUGAGGAAUUCCAGAGACAGGAGGGGCUGGGAGCACGACACAUACUUUAUUUAAGAAAAAAAAAGCAGAAGCAUGGGGAAGACCCCACCACCCUGCCCUUGCCCCACGAGGGUUGUCUACAAAGGGGCCUCUGGGACAGGGAGGGCAGGCCAGUGCUGUCUGGUUCCUGUCUCCAGGGCAGAUGGGGAUGGGCUCCCCUGCCCGGUCCGUCUCCGCCAUUAUCUUACAGAGGCUGAUCCUAGGAGUCGGAGGAGCCCAGGAGGUCCAGACCUUGCCUUGGCAGUCACCCCAGCUUUCUGGUGGUGUCCCCUCUCUGUUCCUUGGCUAGGGUCUUUACUAUGAACUUUCCACUCCAGCUUUGUGGUGGGACAUGGAGGCUGGCUUUGGCCACCAGGGGCGGGAUCAGGACAAAGGGUGUGUGGACUGGACCAGAGAAGAGGUUGCCUUCCAAGCCUCCUCUGAAUGUGCUUUCCCCUCCUCACUGGCCUGUGUAGAGAUGCCCAUGAACACAUCCAGCCCCCCCAGUGUGUACACACUGCCUGUGUGUGUGUUCACACCUGCCCCGUGUUUAUAGACCUGUCCACAUGGACCUUGCACACCUUUAGAAACUGAUCAGGUGAACAUGGCCUAACUCACAGCACAAAUGAACGUGCCACGGCACCGCCACUCCACCUUGCACAUAUGACAUGGGACAGGAUCAGACAGCGCGGGCCCACCCUGGGCCUGAUGGCAUCUGAUCUCCCGACCACAGACAGAACCAGGCUCCGGGUGUGCCGGCUGCAGAUGCAUCCGCACAGGAUGGUAGACACCUGGCCCUUCCUUCCUCCCACAGGAGUUCAUGUUCUUUCUGACUCAGGUGACUUUUCAGCCCUUCCAGCCUCCCCCCUCCCCCUUCUCUACCCUCUCCUGCGGCUCAGCUGAUCUGGGCAUCCGUGGAUGCCUGUAGGUGUGGGCAGUCAGGGAGGGGGUAUCCCCCCACUUUCUCAGGGCAGUCCUUGUCUUCUGUGUUCCCUCCCCACCCACCCUGAAUGGCACAGCUAGGGAGGACCCCUCACGCCUGUGGGGAUUGAGCUGUGGGACGUGGUGAGUCGGGCUGCACGCAGGCCUGUGCUCCUUCCUGUGAGGGAGCAGUUUGCUGCUUGGCACAGCAGGUGAACUGGAGGCCGACACUUCCCCUGUGUGGCUGGGUCCCAGCAGCCCCCGGUUCUGCUGUGUUUUUAGGAGGCCAACAGAGUUUGCCUGAGCAAGGGUGGUGGGACUCACUCCUAGACCCCCAUCCCCUAACCAAAGAGCCUGGACCCUGUGUCUGGGAUUCUGUCCUCAAAUUUCUCAAGUCCCUGGUCUCCCUCCUCCUCCUCCUCCUCCUCCUCAGUUCUUGGUUGUCCAGGGUUAACUCAGUGCUUCCAUUGGGGGCAGUCUCCUGUGGGUGACCUGCUUCACCUCUGACCUGGAACCUGAAUGUAGAGAAUGUCGGGGUGAGCUAGGGAAAGGAGAGUCAGGAGGAGCCCCAGCUCAGAGAAGGUGAGGGUGGGUGGCGAAAGCUUUUCUUUGUAGCUGGGUUUGCUCCCCCACAAUACUGGGGGACAGCAUCCUGUGGGGAGCAUGCUCCCCAUCCCUAGGGGCAUGAGACUAAAUGCCUGUGCAACUUGGACCAGGAGGCUCCCGUGGGGAGAAGAGGCCUUUCCAGGCAGCGGUCUUCUGUCCCUUUCUCCCAUGUGGCCCUUGAUGAAACCCACCAGCUUGGGGAGAUUGUGGCCUAGGCUGGGGAUCCCUCAGGGCAGCCAUGUGGCUCUGGACUGCUGUGGACUGGUUCCCUAGGAGAAUGGCUGCAGGCUUUGAGUGGCUACACAGGCUUCUCCCAGCCUGAAGCUACCCAAGUGGACAGUACCCCCUCCACACACUAACCCCCUACAAGGCCAGUACUCGAGUGAGGAGUGGUGGCCGCCUGCCUGUCUUUCCCUUGGCCCCACCCAUUUGAAUGUAAAGGUUGGGGUGAAGAUGUGCCUCAGCCUCUGGUGUGGGCACUUGAAGUGCCACAGCUGAGCCCAUUCGGGCUGUGCGGUUAUCAUCUGGUAAGAUGGUGAUCUCAUUGCCAAGUUCCUCCCACCUCCUGCCCACUGGGGAAGGAGCUCAGGGUCAGUGAGGUGGCACAGUUUUUUGCUUUAAGUGGCGGACCAGACCUGGCCGCCAGGUCUCAGCACAAGAUGGCUUCCUUUGCACAGAAAGCUCCGAGCUUUGUUCAGACUACAUGAAUGUAUUGGGAGGGAUUGGGAUGGGGCACAGGCCUUCCCCUGGGGGAUGUGUGCUGGGGAGAAUCAGCAGGUGCAGAGUGUGGUUUUAUUUUUGUACUGAUGGGUAAGAGACUGUAUAGCAUCUAUUUAUUUAGAUGAUUUGUCUGGUAGAUGAGGCAAAAAUUAUUAAAAGUACAUUAAAACGAUUUAAGAGUU